GAAAUGGAAUGGGAAAACCAAACCAUUCUGGUGGAAUUCUUUUUAAAGGGGCUUUCUGGUUACCCAAGGCUCGAGCAGCUCUUUUUUGUGCUAAUCUUAAUAAUGUAUGUGGUCAUCCUUCUGGGAAAUGGCACCCUUAUUUUAAUUAGCAUUGUGGACUCCCACCUUCACACCCCUAUGUACUUCUUCCUGGGGAACCUCUCCUUCUUGGACAUCUGCUACACUACCACCUCCAUUCCUCCCACACUGGUGAGCUUCCUCUCAGAAAGAAAGACCAUCUCCUUUUCUGGCUGUGUGGUGCAGAUGUUCCUUGGGUUGGCCAUGGGGACAACCGAGUGUGUGCUCUUGGGCAUGAUGGCUUUUGACCGCUAUGUGGCUAUCUGCCACCCUCUGAGAUAUCCUGUUGUCAUGAGUAAGAAAUCCUAUGUGCCCAUGGCAGCUGGGUCCUGGUUUGCAGGGGUUAUCAACUCUGCAGUACAAACUACACUUGUGGUACAAUUGACGUUUUGUAGGAAUGUCAUCAAUCAUUUCUCCUGUGAAAUUCUGGCUGUCAUGAAGAUGGCCUGUGCUGACAUCUCAGACCAUGAGUUCAUCAUGCUUGUGGCCACGACAUUGUUCACAUUGAUGCCCCUGCUCUUGAUUGUCACCUCUUACUCAUUAAUCAUCUCCAGCAUCCUCAAGAUCCGCACUUCUGACGGUAGAAGCAAAGCCUUCUCUACUUGCUCAGCCCACCUGACCGUGGUGAUAAUAUUCUAUGGAACCAUUCUCUUCAUGUACAUGAAGCCCAAGUCUAAAGAGACACUCAAUUCAGAUGAUUUGGAUGCUACUGACAAACUUAUAUCCAUGUUUUAUGGAGUGAUGACUCCCAUGAUGAAUCCUUUAAUCUAUAGUCUCAGAAACAAGGAUGUGAAGGAGGCAGUAAAACAUCUACUUAGAAGAAAAGUUUUUAACAAGUAAAUGGGGAAUGGACAGGUAAUUUUUAUAAUCACAAUGAGAAAAUCAAAGAGUCAAAAAGAUAGGUUCUUACUGCUGUGUCAAAUUUCUCUCUCAAUGCUUUCAAGCUUUAAAAUAGUCUUUCUUGGUGUGGUGCACAAUGAAAGCAAGUAAACCUCAGUGUUUUGGCAGUGGAGUCAGUGAUUGUAUUUUGUUGUUGUUAAUGAUGAACUUG